GCUAAUGGUAAAUUGUCGGUCUUGGCGAAGUUUACGCCGAAGCAGAGUCUUGCCGAGGAUCUCGGAGUCGCGAAAGAGUGCAAUUCAAGUUCGCAGACUUUGAGUCAAACACUCGCUAGCUGUGAGCUGCAGGAGACAAGGCAGUCAAUCAUUGAUGGAGACGCUUUAGCCACUUUUGAUCCUAACACCGGAGUGCUGGAAGCUGAGUUAAUGAUUAGAGCAGCUGGACAAUCAAAGCAAGUUAAUUGCUAUCUAUCAGCCAUUCUGUCAACGUCGGACCUCUUACUGGAGCCUUCAGACACCAUCGAAUUGGGCAGCGCCACAAUAUACGAGUCUACCUCUAUACCUCUACGUCUAACGAAUCCGGGUCUGCUUCCACAACGAUUCGGCAUAGUCAAACUGCCAGAUGUAUGGGAUAGAUGUUCUUUUUUCCUCUUACGAAUAGAAUAA